CAUAAAGCUCUGCCGUGGCUAUUCCACGGAACUAAAAACGGAUUCCGAAAGAGUCGCCGUAGACCCGAGGGAAAUGCUCCACCGGAAAGUUCACCAUCUGAGCUGCGCUCUACUCAUUCUCUCCCUCAUACCACGAACCGUUCUUUCUCGACCCUUCGUACUCGUCCUCUCCCAGGACGACCUCUCCGACUCCGCCGCGGCACCAAAUCACCCGUCUCCGACCGACGACGUCGCCGAUUUCGAUGACUUUCCGGACUCUGAAUCGAAGCCUGACUAUGUUCUGGACCCCGGAUCCUGGUCCCCGUUGUUCGAACCGGAUCCGAAUUUCAAAAGCCCUAAUUCAAAUGAUGAUGGGGAGUUGAUUUAUUACAAUGGGGUAAGGAAGAUGGUUGAAGCGUCGAGUAGAGGGGAAUUUAGGGUUAUGGAGGAGGCCGUGGCCGAUUUUGAGGCUGCGGCAGCAAUGGGUCAGCCGCAUGGCCAAUCAGUAGUAGGUUUUUUGUAUGGUAUGGGAAUUGGGAGGGAGAAGAGCGAGGGGAGGGCGUUUUUGAAUCACUAUUUCGCGGCGCAGGGUGGAAAUAUGCAGUCGAAGAUGGCCCUUGCUUAUACUAACUAUCGCCAAGAAAUGCAUGAGAAAGCUGUUAAGCUGUAUGCUGAAUUGGCAGAAGUAGCAGUGAAUAGUUUCCUCAUCUCAAAGGACUCUCCUGUGAUUGAACCAAUUAGAAUUCACAGUGGUGCGGAGGAAAAUAAAGAGGCACUGAGGAAGUCCAGAGGUGAGGAGGAUGAAGAUUUCCAGAUUUUGGAAUACCAGGCCCAAAAGGGAAAUGCUGGAGCCAUGUAUAAAAUUGGAAUAUUUUAUUACUUUGGUUUGAGGGGUGUGAGGCGUGACUAUUCGAAAGCAUUGCGGUGGUUCUCCAAGGCAGUAGAGAAAGGCGAGCCUCGGUCAAUGGAACUUCUUGGAGAGAUAUAUGCAAGAGGUGCUGGGGUUGAACGGAACUAUACUAAGGCUCUAGAAUGGCUUACGCUUGCAUCAAGACAACAACUUUAUUCAGCUUACAAUGGCAUGGGAUAUUUGUAUGUUAAGGGUUAUGGAGUAGAGAAAAAGAACUACACCAAGGCAAAAGAAUACUUUGAGAAAGCUGCCGACAAUGAAGAACCUGGUGGCUUUUACAACCUUGGGGUGAUUUAUCUGAAGGGACUUGGAGUGAAGAGAGACUUAAAAAUAGCAACCAAGUACUUUGCACUGGCAGCUAAUGCAGGUCAACCUAAAGCAUUCUACCAAUUAGCAAAGAUGUUUCAUACUGGUGUGGGGCUGAAGAAGAAUCUGCCGAUGGCAACAGCAUUAUAUAAACUAGUUUCUGAGCGUGGACCUUGGAGUUCCUUGUCUAGAUGGGCAUUAGAGGCAUAUCUAAAAGGUGAUAUUGGAAAGGCAUUUCUUCUGUAUUCAAGAAUGGCGGAACUUGGUUAUGAGGUUGCACAAAGCAAUGCUGCUUGGAUUCUCGAUAAAUAUGGUGAACGUAGUAUGUGUAUGGGUGAAUCUGGGCUUUGUACAGAUGCCGAAAGGCAUCAACGUGCACAUUCCUUGUGGUGGAAAGCAUCUGAGCAGGGCAACGAACAUGCUGCUUUGCUGAUAGGGGAUGCGUAUUACUAUGGUCGGGGAACAGAGCGAGAUUAUGAUCGCGCAGCUGAGGCGUACAUGCACGCAAAAUCUCAAUCAAAUGCUCAAGCAAUGUUCAACCUUGGAUACAUGCACGAACAUGGCCAGGGACUACCAUUGGAUCUUCACCUUGCCAAGCGGUAUUACGACCAAGCCUUAGAAGUCGACCCUGCUGCUAGGUUGCCAGUAUCAUUAGCCCUUGCUAGCCUGUGGAUACGAAAGAAUUACGCCGACAGUGUUCUUAUUAGUAUGAUCGAUUCACUCCCCGAAGUUUAUCCGAAAGUAGAAGCCUGGGUGGAGAACGUGAUAAUGGAGGAAGGAAACGCCACCAUUCUGACGCUCUUCGUCUGCCUCCUCACAGUUCUCUACCUGCGCGAGCGGCAAAGGAGGCAGGUUGCCGCAGGAGAAAUGGCCCCCCCACCACAAGCAGCACCUGGGGUUGAGCAGGCGCAGGCUGUGCCUCUUAUCUAGUCACUCAAUGUCUGUGCAUUGCAUUGAAAUAAAGAAAGAAUUCCGAUUUCGAUUCUUUGUUUGGGAAUAUAACUUGUAGUAUUGUAUGUAUAGUUUAGUUUGUUUUGGUUUUGACGAGAGAGAGAGAGAGAGAGAGAGAGUAAAAAUCUGUUUACUGACCAGAUUAGCCGCCUUUUACAACUAAGAAUUUUAGACGUGAUUUUGAUGAUGUAUUAUUGUUUUCGAUUUGUAUAAAACGGACUAGCCCAGGAAUUCAUACAAAAGAUGGAAACAAAUUUUUACA